AAGUCGUCUUGAUCUUACCACUUGCUGUUUGUAUAUCUUCGUCUAUCAUUCUUUUUCUCUCACCUAGUCCCUCAUCAUUGUCAUCUCCUGCUUCUUCUCCUCCUCCUCACUUUCAUCAUGAUCCCAGCCUUGUUCGCAUCUUUAGCCUUGCCAUUCUUGGCCCCCCAGCUCCACGUCAGAGUCAAUGCAGCAGCAAUCCCACGAUCGGAUGACUUGGAUAUCUCACAGACAUUACAGAAUAUUCUAGAGAACACCCAUGAUAGUGAUGCGUAUUCGUAUCCGACGGAUCUGACACGAGGAAUUAUUCCGAAACCCAUUCAUUCACACAAUGACUACUGGCGAGAUGUGCCCUUCUACUCGGCCCUGUCGGUGGGAGCCAUUUCAGUGGAAGCGGACGUCUGGCUGAUCAACGGGACGCUGUACGUCGGACACGAGGAGUCGGCGCUGACCGAGACACGUACUCUGGAUACACUAUAUGUCCAGCCGAUUCUGGACGUGGUACGACAACAGAACCCAACGUCUGCCUUUGUUACGGACGGACCGACGAAACACGGGGUCUUUGACGCCUCGGCAGACCAGACGUUAUACCUGUUCAUCGACCUCAAGACUGAGGGGAGCACAACUUGGCCUGUUGUGAUAGAGGCAUUGAAACCAUUACGAGACGCCGGCUAUCUGACCACCUACAAUGGCACGGCUGUCACCAUGGGCCCAGUCACCGUCAUAGGUACCGGUAACACCCCGCUCGACCAGGUCCAGGGCGUGUCGCCGCGAGACUAUUUCUUCGACGCCAACCUGGCUCUCCUUGACUCGACCCAGGCCAACAUCACUAGUGACAUCUCGCCUAUCGCUUCGACCCCCUUUGGUCGUUCUAUUGGGCCCAUGAAUGGCACCCAGCUUAACGACACACAGCUCGAUACCCUUCGAUCCCAUCUCGAUGUUGCCUCUGCAAAGGGGAUCAAGGCCAGAUACUGGGACACUCCUGCGUUCCCUCUGGUCAAGCGAAAUGCGCUUUGGAGCCUCUUGCUCCAAGAGGGCGUCGGCCUGCUUAAUGCUGAUGACCUCAAGGCUGCUGCUGGCUUUGCCGGCAUCAAUGGGUAUUGGUAGAUGAACAGCAGCCAUGCAUAUAGCGAGCAUUUUCCUUUUCUGCUACUUCUCCCUUCACCCUAUCUGGGGAGGAUAUCAUACAUAGACCAUCAAAAGAGAGCGCACGAGUUGGAAAAGUGAUUCGCAUGAGCAUCCCCACUGUAUGAGGUGGAAUGAGUAAUAACAUUGUCC